GCCGCCAUCUUGCUGCCCGCCGCGGGGCUGGGGCCGGGAGCGGGGGGGUCGGGAGCGAGGGGUCCGGUACGGCGGCCUCGGAGGCCUCCUCGCCCUGAUCCUCGUUAGAGCCGAGGCUCGCCUGGAACUGGCGCAAUGUUUUUAACAGUGGCCCUACUCGGGAAGAGGAUCCCUGGAAAGCAGUGGAUUGGAAAAUACAGGCGGCCGAGAACAGUAACCAUUACCAUGAAGCAGGCCAUGAUCCGAAGGCUGGAAAUUGAAGCAGAGAACGAAUACUGGCUGAGCCGCCCGUACCUGACACGGCAGGAGGAGUACAAUCACAACAAGGAUGUGAGAAUGGCCAGAUGGGUGGCUUUUAAAGCCAUGAAGUCGUCCAAGUUCCCUGAGCAUAGAUAUAUGAGCGACCACUUGAACCACUUAAAUGUCUCAAAGAAGUGGACCUCUUGAGCAGCGGCACGGUUGUACUUGUGCUGCUGGGAGAUGCAGUAUUGUACCCCUUGUGGCUGCUCUGUAAUGCAGUGUAACAAAGGCAGGUGAGAAAUCAGACUGCUACGGUGUACGAAAUCUUACAUUAAAGUAAUCCUACAGAACAGUGUUUGGUUUUUUUUUGCCACAUUAGAAGACUGUCCUUCCAGCAGCUUAAGGGUUUUGCAUAAGACAGUGUGAGUUGCAGCUGCGGUGAUGACUUGAACUAGGUUUGUAGCUUCACUUUUUUGGAAAGCUGGAAUGCAGUGGCUGUAUUGAAAAAGGAUUAUCUGUACGGACCAGAUGGCUUUUACUUGUCCCUUUGCUCUAAAAGGGGCUACUUCUGUAUUUGUAUAUUAAUACUUGAAAUACAGCAGAAGCUACUUGAUGUUCUACUCACUCCAUCAGGCAUGUAUCAAGAAGAAUAGAACUGUGUCUGUAAGAGACUGCAACUAAUAUAAAACAUUCAACUUCCUGGGAACAGUAUCAAUAUCUUUGUCAUAACAGGAGCAUCAAUUUCUGUGUCCCUGCCCCACUUACACAGAACUUAGUUCUGACUGAGAAGGACUACUACUGAUUCUUGUUUGAGCGGCAGCUUGAUGUGUAAGUAAUACUUAGUUUGUGGCUGAUGAUGUUUCUCCAGGACAAUAAGUUUUUUAUUUCUGCUAUUGAGACCAAGUGAGCCGGAACCAUGCCAGGAAUGAGUACCAUGUUGGGUCAGUGCAGGUCAGGUGUGAGAACUGUUUCCAGCACCAGACAGAACCUUUCCCAGGUAUGCAGCAGUUCUUGCUGCUCUAAUGCACGCACGCUACAGCUAAGCAAUUAUCAGAUUAUUUCACAUACUUUAUUAAGUAAGUCGGUACUGCAUUCAUCGACAGAAGUUGUGUGUCAAAUACAUCGAUAUUUUAUCACUUUUGAAAAGAGGCCUGGAAUAAUACAGCUUGUUUAAACAUAAAUUCUAUGAUCAGGUCUGAACACUGAUGUACAAAAUCUUGAGUGCACUUAAAAUGAUCUUAUAAUCUUGAAUGCUUGUAAAUGACUUGAGAUAACGUGGAAAAGUAUACAUACGAGCAAACUGCAGUGUAAUUCAAACAUGAAGGAACUCUGAUGCAACGUAAUGUGACUUUGUAUUUAAUUCAUUUAUAAAAGCUCAUUUUAAAAAAAUCACACCAAGUAUUAAACUAUAAAUGGCAAUGUGUGUUCUCUGCAUAGGACUAGUCCUAUCUGCAGCAUACACAAAAAUAGUAAGUGUGUCAUUACACAUCUUUUACAUUUAAUGCCAAAAUUAAAUACAGGUCAGUGUAAGUUUAGGCAGCAAAUUAAAAAUAAUGGUGUAAGUGGAACAGUGAGUACCGUUAGUGUGACUGCUCAUGACCCUUUCUGGCAAAUACAGAACUGGAAAGAACCCAGGCAUGUUUAAUUCUGUUAAGGAUAAAAGGGGUGAGAGAACAGAGAGGGAGCCUGAACACUGCAACAGCAGGACUACUGCUGCUUUCCGUGAUGUUUUUGUGAGUGCAAAUAUCUGCUGUUAAGAAAGAUUUAAGACGCUCACAGUAAAGCUGAAAGGAACAGGUUAAAAGAUGAGAAAUUGGAGAGAUACGUGCUGAGCAUUUAAGUUGUCAGCUAAGUAAUAUAAACAGAAGAGCAUCUGCAUUGUCACCCUUCGUGCACAGGUGCCAACAGGAGCGGAUACUUCACCCCCAGCACGUGCUUCUCUCUACGCAGGUGCUCUGUGCUUCUUGUGACUGGGGGCAGGGAAGACUUCAAAACCAAUUCAAGCAAUUCUGUAAACAAAAAUCAGACUUCACAACCUCGUGGAAACAAGAUUCAAGUAAUUGCUGCAAACAAACCAACCCAAGAAAUGGUGAAAGACCAGUUUUAAUCAGAAUCAGCACUAAGUACAACUUUAUUUCAUUCCAUUUCAUGAGUUAUGUAAUUAAGAAAAAUACAUAUACAAAGCUGUCUAUAUAUACAAAAUAAAUUGAUAGAAAUGAAUAUAGUGUAUGUGCUCAGUAUUGUAACAAGUAACUGUAUAUGCAGCUGCUCUCUUUGGUGCCAUUUAGAGAUAGAAGAUCCUCUUACAUUAGAUACCAGCUUUUUUUUUCUUUUUUUUUUUUUUAAA